AAUUAAUUUUUACUUAUAUAUGCACAGUGGUAGGUCAUUUGAUAAGGUGGAAAAGGGAAAAAAUUAGGUAAAUGGACUUUGCCAUGUCAUACCUAUUGUUAUGGUUAAAAUAUAACUUGGAAAAGAAAAUAUAGAAAUGGGAAAACAGUUGGUUAAUAAGAUAUUUAUGGUUGUGGAGAUUUUGUAAGUAAUCACUAGAUGUAAAAAUAAAUUUAACAAUAUUUAUAUUUAUAUUUAUUUAGCGGUGGAGGAAUAUAUGAAAAAAAGGUUGAAGAAGUUAAGAUUGGUUAUUGGAUUGAGUUAUGGGAUGGAUUUGAUUUUUCUCAUAAAGUCAUUUUCAAUGGUGAAUAUAAAAAUGGUAAAAAGGUUGGUAGAUGGAAUAUUUUGCAUAGAGUUUUUAGGGAUUUUCCAUACUGUUAAAUGUUAAAUUGAUAAUUUAUUAAAAUAUUUAAAGUGGAAGUGGAUUCUAUGAUGAUGAAGGAGAUGAUAUUAAGAAUGGUAAAUUGAUUGAAUGGCAGAACGAUUUAGUUGUAAAGACUGAAGUAAGUUAUAAAGGUGAAAACAAAAAUGGAAAAAAAAUUGGUCUUUGGGAUAUUCUCUUUUAGGCUGAUUUAACUCAAUCAUGGAAAUAAAUGUUUAGAUUAUUAAUUGAAUUUGAUUUAGUGGAGGAGGAUUAUAUGAUGAACGAGGUGAAGGGACAAAGCAUGGUAGAUGGAUAGAUUUGUCUGAAAAGUUUGAUAAAAAUUAUUGGGUAACUUUUAAUGGUUAAUAUUAAAAUGAUAAAAAAGUCGGCAGAUGGGAUAUUGGGAAUGGGUAGCAAGGAAUCUAAGAUUGAAGUAAAUAAUAUUAUAUAAAAUCUGCAUCAAUAUUUAGUGGUGGGGGAGAAUAUGAUGAAAAAUGUGAAGGGAGCAAAAUAGGUAAUUGGAUUGAGUUGUCAGAUGAAUUUAAAAGGUAUAACUAAAUAGUUUGUAAUGGUUAAUAUCACAAUGGUGAGAGAGUUGGGAAAUGGGAAAAUAAGAUAAUUCGCAGAAAAGAGACUUGAUGAAAUUUUAAUGAUAUUUAAAUAAUAAGAUAUAUUAAUAUAAAUUAAAUUUUUACAAUUAUUUGCUUUAUUAAUUUUCUUAACCUAAACAACAUAAAUAUUAAAGCAAUUAUACUUAACAUCGAAUUCUCUUCUAACUGGAUGA